GAGCCGGGGCCGGCGCCGUCUCGUAAAAAAAACAAAACAAUCAAAAGAAAAACAGAAAGUGUUGUUUAAGGAUCACAGGGAGUAAGGACGAAAAAUGUUCAGCUGAAAGUAGUAUACUGAGAGAUAUUACAGAUGUGCCAUUUGGGUUCAGAGUGCUGUUCCUUGAGAGGCUGUUCAGUUCUGACGACAACAUGGAUGCGGGUGGAAAAAGCUUGGCAUCUUUCUACAGAGCCAAAAAGAGGAAAUUUGUCAGUGAUGUUGAAUGUUCAUGCCCUUAUCAUAACAACACAGCUCAUUGCUAUUGCAAGCACCACAGUGCACAUCCUUGUCAUUGCAAAUACCAUUCAUCUGCUGAUGCAGCUGUCAAUCUAGCUUGCGACUGCAAAUACCAUGCUGAAGUAGAUGUUUCUUCAAGUCCCAGGGGUAUCAGUAAUGUAUCAGAUGAUGAAGACAUCUUUAAUUGUUCCGAUACUGUUGUUUGUAAUUUGGACAAGAAUAAUGAGACUGGUUCUGAGGGAAGUGAUAUGGAAUCACAUGAGAAUCACAGCUCAGAUGUGUCUCAUGAAAGUGAUUACUGCAGUCAGACUGGCCACUUGGUAAACCAUCAUGCACAUGGAAAUGAAACUAAUAACAGCACAGAAAGUCUACAUUCAAAUGACGACUUCAAUCAGAUUAUUGUAUCAGAUGAUGAAGACAUCUUGAAUUGUUCCGAUACUGUUGUUUGUGAUUUGGACAAGAGUAAUGAGACUGGUUCUGAGGGAAGUGAUAUGGAAUCACAUGAAUAUGAAAAGAAUCACAGCUCAGAUGUGUCUCAUAAAAGUGAUUACUGCAGUCAGACUGGCCACUUGGUAAACCAUCAUGCACAUGGAAAUAAAACCAAUAACAGCACAGAAAGUCUACAUUCAAAUGACGACUGCAAUCAGAUUAUUGUAUCGGACGAUGAAGAUAUCUUGAAUUGUUCUGACACUGUUGUUUGUAAUUUGGACGAGAAUAAUGAGAAUCGUGCCGAUGAAGAUGAUGUGGAUGAAUUUAUUUCACCAAGAGAAUCUAGUGAGGAAGAGAGUGAUGAUGGAGACAGUGAUGAUCCAGACGAACCAGACGAUCCUGACGAUCCUGACCCAGACAGAGAUCCUCCUGCUGACAACCUCGGAUUAGGCAAUGGAGAUGUUGUGGAAGCUGACAACAGACCUUUCUUCUCAUUUGAAAACCCAAGAUUAAACCGUGUUUUGCAAUUGGGAUUUGACUGCACUGUCCGUGAAGCUGUUGCCAUGAUAGCAGCUCUUGCUGUCCGUUACAACAUGGAAUACGAUUUGCUGGUCAAAAUGUUUCGGGUGUCUAAUAUAAUGCUAGGAGAAGCACAACUUCCAUCAACAAAAGACCAGCUUUGGAGCAUUCUCAACAGACAAUCAUCAGUAUCGAGGAGACAUGCCUACUGCAGUGUAUGCAACAGGGAAUUAGGAUUGUAUGAUACUCUAGAAAGAAUAGUUGCAUGCCAGUGUGGCAGCAUUAAACCAAGAAAGAAGAUUAAAUACUUCAUUACGCUCAGUCUGACACAACAACUUAAAAGGUGUCUUGAACUCCCUGGAAUGUGGGAGAAACUGCAAUAUCGCGAAGAAAGAAGAAUAAUUAAUGAAGGCGCUUGGGAAGAUAUUUGUGAUGGUGAUAGAUACAUUCAGCUAAGCAUGAGGGAUGGAGGAUUGCAGGAACCUUAUGAUUUUACCUACAACUUCAACUUGGACGGAUUUAAAAUGACUAAAUCAUCAAACAGGGAAGGGACUCCUAUUUUUAUUAGACUCAAUGAAGCUCACCCCAACUAUAGACAACAGUUUGUAUUUCUCGCUGGUCUUUGGGUCGACGAUAGUCCUCCCAUUCUCCAUUUAUUUCUAAAUAGGUUUAUUGGGGAAUGUAACGUAUUGUCCACUGUUGGUGUUGCUUGGAAUCAACCAGGAGGUCAGAAUGUUGUAAGCAAGUUCUUCCCAGCUGCUUGUUGUGUAGAUGCUGUUGAGCGAGCAAAGCUCAUGUGCCACUCACCUCACUCAGGACCUUUUGCAUGCCCCUUUUGCAACCAGGAAGGUGUUCAUAUCAACGCCAGAAAAUUCCCAUUGCCUGGCACAGAAUUUGACAUCAUGAGGAGACGUCAAAAUCAGGAUUAUGCUGUCCAUGUUGUUGUCCCUCAGGCUGAACUCCGAACUGAUGCAACAACUAGGCGUGCUAUGGAGCAAGUUGAAAAUGCCCAGCAAGUGGGACAAGAACUCAAUAUAGAAGGUGUGGUAGGUUCAUCAGAACUGAAAAAUCUCACAUUUUUUGAUUUGGUGGACAGUCUAUCAAGUGAUGAUCUCCACCCAAUUUACUUAGGAUGUGCAGCUUUUCAUAUGAAGCUAAUACUAAGAAGACUAAAUCCACAUGAAAUAAAUGCUAUCAGUGGAAGAUUAAGAGCCAUCAAGUGCCCCACCAACAUUUCUAGGAAGCCGAGGAACAUUGGAAAAAAGAAGAGUUUAAAGGGUUCAGAGUGGGAGCAUAUUCUACUAUACUUCGGAGUUCCUUGCAUGCAAGGAAUUGUACAGCCUGAGAAAAUAACUCUUUUUGGUCUUUUGUCCUCAGCUAUUUACAUUCUCUCAAGAGACUCAAUUACCGAGCAGAACUUCCAAACUGCUGACAGGCUUAUACGCCUUUAUAUGAUCCGCUUCCAGAAUACCUAUGGGCCCAUCAAUAUGCGUUUUAAUAUCCACAUGCUUUCUCACUUAGUAAAAGUUUGCAGGAGUUGGGGUCCAUUGUUUGUGCACAGCACCGCUCCAUUUGAAUCUUACAACUGCAUUUUGGGGAAAAAGGUCACAUCUCCAAAGGCUGCUGCAGACCAAAUAGUACAGAGAUACUUUUUGAAAUCUCUCAUAGCUGAAGUUCCUGGAUCACCAGACAUCAGCCCAGUUGUGAAGGAAGAGGUAGCUUUUAUAAUGCAGAAAGAUGUAAGCAGACCCACAGUGGUGGUUGGGAGCAGCAAACUGUACGGACGUGUAACAGCAAGAGAGACUACUGUGGAAGAAAGGCAAGCAUUAAUGGACGAAGGGUUAGAUGCUAUCCAGCUUCAAGAAUUUGUUAAAAUGAAGUACAAUUUCUUUGAGUUUCGAUCAAUUAAUUACAAUCCAAAUGAAGACAUCCGUUCCGACAAUAGCUUAAUUUACACAUUUCAAAAUUUUUUUGGUCGUAUUUUAUCCAUUGUCAGUAUAGGAGAAGGCGACAAUAAAAUUGUUGGACUCUUUGUGGAACGGUAUAAUGUUGGAGAACGUCUGUCUGGAGUUCACCACAUUGUGCAGCUCCUUGACAGGGCUGACAUUCACUUCAUCAGACCUCACGAUGUAAGGAAUUUGGCAAUUAAAGUAAUUAUUGGUAAUGUUAGCUUUAUCAUGGCUAUGGCAAAUAACUCUGAAAUAGAUUGAGUGUCACUUUGCAAGUUCUGUUGAAUUCUUCAUAUGUUGCUGUUGUCAUCUAUGCAAUAAUUUAUCUGUUUUGUUUAUAGUCUGAAAUUUAGUCUGAAAUUUAGGUAUCAUUUGAGGAAGUGUGCUUUUAAGUUCCCUUUCCACUUCCUGACACAGUAUGUGCUGUGCAACUUAAUUCCUGAAUGUUAAUUUGAAGUGUAAUUGUCAGCAGAUUAGUAUACACUUUCUUUUUAUCAGAGAUUAUUGUUGUGAUGACGUUUCUUUAUUGGUAUAUUCAUUUGUUGUUUAAACUUAGUUCAAAAGUGUUCUGUGAUAUAACUAGAUAUUGAUCUAUUUGAGAAAACUACUAACGCCUGACUGAUUUGAUUAUUUUUAAAUGAAGGAGUUACUUUGGAUGUACAAACAUUAGUUUAUUAAAACAUCAGCUUGAAAACUCCCAACAAAAUUCUUUAUUGCUUCUUCUUGUCUUUUUGUUGGUCACCUCACAUUCAUACAUGUUGAAAGUUCUUAAACACUAAGAGACCAAAAGAUAAUUUACACUGCUCUGCUAACACCAGCUGCCACGAACUGUGGGGUGCAUAUGUUCAGGGGUUUUGUAUGACAAUGUACCUACCUACCUGGCAGCUUUCCUAAAGGGCUGAAUUAGGGGAUGAUUUAGGCCAAGCACCCCCCCCCCCCUUAAAAGCGCGCCUGGCGUGGUAGGUAAUACUAGCUACUACCUCAUGUGUACUACAUCAAAUCUGUAGUACGUCAGAAAUUGUGACAUCAGCAAAGUGAAAGUUGUUCUUAAUGAAUGUUUAAAAGUGGUAGGGGAAAAUAAU